AUGAAAAACUCACCUAAGAGUACUUUUGAAAGAUUGUUGGUGUUGAUUCUUUCAUUGCUUGUAUGCAAUGUUAUUCAAUGUACAGAAUGUCAAGUAAUGCCAUCAGAAGAAGGUAAUAGAUACAUUCAUUCAUUCAAAUUAAAGUAUUUGGCAUCUGCAGUUUGGGUGAUUAGACAAUACUGUUUGAAUGUUCAAGAAGAUCAAGCAUCUAUCUGUAGUUCAGCUUACUUUACUUGUAGCACUGGAACAACACCACAUAUCACUAAAUUUGAUGCCUCCAACUAUCCAAUUACUAUAGGAGCAGUACCAUCAGGAUCACAAGUAUUUGAGUUUCCCGAGUUGACACUAUUCAAUAUUUUGAUUGGAUCCGUCAAAUCCCAAACUCUAAAUGUCCUUAAUUUUCUGAAGGAUUUGCCCAAGAUUCAAUCAAUUAGUAUCAAAGCUGAUACAUCUAUCAAAUCUCUUCCGGUUGGAUUCCCAAUUGGAAUGCCAUUGUUGGAUACACUGAUCAUUGAAGGAACCUAUUUUCAACAUAACUUCCCAGCUUUUAAUUUUGUUCAAUUUGUAGUAUUGUCUAUUCCUGUAAUUGGAACUAUUAAUAUCGAUCAGAAUACACCAGCCCAUCCCCUUUUACAAGAUUUAAAAUUACGAUGGAAUAUUCCGCCAAUUGCCCAAACGGUUACUUUUUCUGAUGCAAAAUUCCCAGUUUUACGAAGUCUUACUUUUAAUGUAGAUUCUUCCCCUUCUGGUUUAAUUAUUGAUUGUGGUUUAUCUAUUAUUUUUAAAUUUCAUUUAAUAACCCAAGAUGCAUUAGUUUCUGCGACUUUGGCCAAUCCCAACUAUGUUACCUCCCUGGCAGUGACAGGAUACGCUACAACCUUUUCACAUCCAUUGAGUGCAUUUCCAAGAUUAACUGAAUUAACCUAUUCUCGCUCAGUAGAAACUGUAUUUCCGUUAACCCAAUUCCCAGAUUCCCUUUCUACCGUGGAAGCUACCAAUAGUAACUUUACAGUAUUCCCAAACAUUCCAUUAAAAAAUGUUAACUCAUUAAAAUAUUCAAAUAACAAGUUUCAAGGUGGAAUUCAAUGGUCGAAUUUCCAAAAUGCAAAUAAUAUCCUUCUUGAUGUGAGAAACAAUGCUGCGUUGUCAACAUCGAUUCCACAAUCAUUUUGUAAUAAUCGAUUGUAUAUUAAAGGGUGUCCAUUGAUUACCAAUGUACCUGAAUGUUUCCUUUGUUAUCAAAAGAAUUCUUUAUAUGUUCAAACUGAUAUUGUCCUCGAUGCUGGUUUUAAAUGCAAUAUUACCAUUGAUACAACAAUGAUUUAUACUGUAUCUGGGAGGGGAAACAUUACUGGAUUAAACAUUGGAUAUGGAAGAGAUGACGUGGUGAAUGGUCGAUAUUAUUUAACUGCAAUAACUCCAAACAAACAUCUAAGUUUAUAUGAUAUGUUUAUCCCUACAGGUCCAGAAAGAAAUGCUACAUUCUCAUUGGAUAAAAUGUAUCCAUUUGCCUACCAAUUUAACUUUACUAUUUUAGAAGUUGGAAUUUACUUGUCUGGUGGUGUAUCGUAUUCUCAGGUCGCAUCAUAUGCCACCAUUAUUUCUUUUACAACAACUUAUAUAAAUAAUUAUCUGCCACACACUGUCAAAUUAAAUAGUACUAUCGAUUGUAUUAACCCAACCGUACCAACUCUAGGUGGUGUAAUGAGUUGUACAGUUUAUGGAAAUCUAAAAAGCAAUGACCAUCUCACAUUAACAGUUUCCAAUCAAUAUUAUAGUUUUAACAAAGAAUUUGAUAUUCCAAGUAAAUAUAUUAUUCAACAACAUAUAAUUGAUGAAUAUUUAUAUCCAUACGAUGUAGUAUUAAUAUCAUGGGAUAGUUUAAUCAAUGUUGGUUCAAAUUAUCUAUUCUUUGGAUCCUUUGGAACAACUACAUUAGAUACGGUGCUCGUUUAUUUUAAUGGCGAUCCUUCAAUUUGCACUGUAACUGUAAAAACUUCGACUGAAGUUGAAUGUACCCAAGCAAAAUACUGGCCAGGUAUUGGGUUGACAAAUAUUACAUUAACAGUCCUAGGUUUCCCAUCCGCUCCAAUGAUGGCCAACUUGACAACUCUUGAAAGUUUGUGUACUUAUAAUGGUUGUUCGGGUCAUGGUACCUGUAAUAUUAAUGGAAAUUGUGUUUGUGAUACUGGUUAUUAUUCUGAUCAAUGUUCAAAGAAAUACCCUACUUUUGCAUCAGGAGAAUACGAUAAAAAUGAUAGAAAAUUGAUUAGUAUUUAUGGUGAUUUCGGACCAUUCGAACAAACUAUUGUAUCAAUCACUUUGAAUAGUACCGUUUGUCAAGCUACAUAUAAAUCACAGUCAUUGAUUAAUUGUACAUUGGUCAGUGAACCAACUGAUGGUUUGGCUUUGGUCAGAUUGACUGUUGAUAAUUCAACAAAUAAUGGAAAUAAUUGGAUUUAUUUUAAACCUUCAUCACAGUCAUCAGGUUCAGGGUCAGAUAGCGAUGGCAGUGGUGGUGAAUUAACAUGUCCAUUUAAUUGUUAUGGUCACGGUCAAUGUAUCAAUGGGAAAUGUAAAUGUGAUACUGGAUAUAGUUCAAUUGAUAAUUGUUUGACAAAGACAAGCAAUCACACAAACACACCCAAUACGAAAUCACCAACAACAUCAUUUGAUAUCGAUGGAAUUGAUUUCCAAUUUGAAAUGAUUGCCAUUCAAGAAAUAGACACUGAUGAUAAUAUCAUCAAUCAAGUAUUGACAAACAGUUGGAGCUCAACUAUAUUGACAGAUAAUCAAACACAAACAACAACAGUCAACUAUCAACUCAACAACAGUGAUACAACAACAGCAUCACUAGUAACAGCAACGAUAUCAUUCUCACAACAACCAAGAGACAUUCAAUUUGGCAAUCAACAGCUUCAUAUCGAUGCCAAUUCAAUCAAACUAUCAGUCAACAUUAGUAAUUGGACAUUCAACACAUUCUUGACAACACUCAGAGUCAUCUUCAAAACAACCAUCAACAAUGAUCAAUCAAUCGAAUUUGAUUGUCAAGAUGUCAAUAUUGAUACACUCAGCUACGAUCAACUAUCCAACUCUAUUCAAUAUCUACGUGUGGUGAAAGAUAAUAUUCAAUUCACAGGUAGAUUUAUCGAUUAUGUAUUAUCUGAUGGAAGACCAACUUUCUCGAGAACAUCGAUUAUCAACAAAACUGCUUCGUCAGAUGGUCAAUCACAAUCAACUAUAUUAAUUGGAAUAAGUAUGCCACAAUGCCAAUCAUGUUCCCUCGAUCCAGAUUUCACACCAUUAUUAAUCGACAAGAGUGCUGACAGUGGAUGUGACAGUAAAUCCAAUACAUGGAGGAUCGUCGUUGGUGUAGUUGUCGGAGUUGUUGGUGCUGUUGCCAUUGCAGCGGGAUCAAUUAUUUUGGUUAAAAAGAAAAGAGUUACGAAAAGACACAAUAAGAAUAUGCAACAAAAAUUAGCAAAAAUGUCUUAA